GUGACAGAAAUGUCGACCGACACCGGCCCGCAGAGCCUGACGCGGCGGCCUUCGCGCAGCGCCGCCACUACGACUUUCUCCUUGGAGGUGUUCGACAACGAAGUUGUUCCGUCCUCGCUCGGCUCCAUCGCUCCAAUCCUCCGUGUGGCCACCGAGAUCGAGCAGGAGCGUCCUCGCGUCGCCUAUCUCUGUCGAUUCUAUGCAUUCGAAAAAGCGCAUAGGUUAGAUCCAAACUCUAGCGGUCGUGGAGUGCGGCAAUUCAAGACAGCUCUCCUGCAGCGAUUAGAGCGGGACAAUGCGUCUAGUCUUGCCUCUCGUGUUAAGAAGACGGAUGCCCGGGAAAUUGAGAGCUUUUACCAGCAAUACUACGAGCACUACGUUAGAGCACUCGACAAGGGAGAGCAGGCGGACAGAGCGCAACUGGGCAAAGCCUACCAAACAGCUGGGGUGCUUUUUGAAGUGCUUUGUGCAGUUAACAAGACUGAAAAAGUCGAGGAAGUUGCUCCUGAGAUUAUUGCAGCUGCUAGAGAUGUGCAAGAAAAGAAGGAAAUCUAUGCACCAUAUAACAUUCUGCCCCUGGACUCUGCUGGGGCAUCCCAGUCUAUCAUGCAACUUGAAGAGGUUAAGGCUGGUGUGGCUGCGCUAUGGAAUACUCGAGGCUUGAACUGGCCUGCUUCAUUUGAGCAGCACAGGCAGAAAGCAGGAGAUCUAGAUCUUCUUGAUUGGUUAAGAGCCAUGUUUGGAUUUCAGAGAGACAAUGUCAGGAACCAGAGGGAGCAUUUGAUUUUGCUACUUGCUAAUGUUCACAUAAGACUUCAUCCCAAGCCCGAGCCUCUUAACAAACUGGAUGAUCGAGCUGUUGACGCAGUUAUGAACAAGCUUUUCAAAAACUACAAAACCUGGUGCAAAUUUUUGGGACGAAAACACAGUUUACGGCUCCCUCAAGGGCAACAAGAAGUUCAACAAAGAAAAAUACUUUACAUGGGCCUCUACCUUCUUAUCUGGGGUGAGGCAGCCAAUAUUCGCUUCAUGCCAGAAUGCCUAUGCUAUAUUUUUCAUAAUAUGGCCUAUGAACUCCAUGGCCUGUUGGCUGGAAAUGUCAGCAUCGUUACUGGGGAAAACAUUAAGCCAUCUUAUGGAGGGGAUGAUGAAUCUUUCCUGCGUAAGGUUAUAACGCCCCUAUAUCGUGUAAUUGAGAAGGAAGCUCAGAAGAGUAAAAAUGGAACGGCUCCCCACUCGGCUUGGUGCAAUUAUGAUGAUUUAAAUGAGUAUUUCUGGUCAUCUGAUUGUUUCUCUCUAGGUUGGCCUAUGCGUGAUGAUGGCAAUUUCUUUAAGUCAACUCGUGACUUAGCACAGGGAAGACCAGCAUCCCGUAGAAAAUCUGGAAGCACAGGGAAAUCUAAUUUUGUAGAGACCAGAACAUUUUGGCACAUCUUCCGAAGCUUUGAUCGUUUGUGGACCUUCUAUAUACUGGCUUUGCAGGUAAUGGUAAUUGUUGCAUGGGCGGACGUUCCGCUACUGGAUAUUUUUCAGAAGAGUGUCCUGUACCAUAUUUCAAGUAUUUUCAUCACAGCAGCCUUUCUUCGCUUUCUUCAAAGUGUUUUAGACUUGGUUUUGAAUUUCCCGGCCUUUCAUCGAUGGAGAUUCACUGACGUCCUCCGAAAUUUACUUAAGAUGCUUGUUAGCCUUGCAUGGACCAUUAUUCUUCCACUAUGUUAUGUGCAUUCCUUCUCAACGUUUACUGGCACAAUCAAAGAUGUGCUGUCAUUUCUUGGUCAAGUUAAGGGAAUUCCUCCUUUAUAUAUCAUGGCUGUGGCAAUAUACUUGUUGCCAAAUGUACUAGCAGCACUGUUGUUUAUAUUUCCAAUGCUUCGACGCUGGAUUGAAAACUCAGACUGGCAUAUAAUAAGGUUUCUCUUGUGGUGGUCACAGCCAAGGAUAUAUGUUGGAAGAGGAAUGCACGAAAGUCAAUUUGCACUUCUGAAUUAUACUCUUUUCUGGUUGCUACUUCUGUGCUCCAAAUUUACGGUCAGCUACUUAAUCCAGAUCAAACCUCUGGUGAAACCAACAAAAGAUAUAAUGAAUAUUCGCCGGGUACAAUAUUCUUGGCAUGAAUUUUUUCCCGAAGCCAGAAACAACUAUGGUGCAGUUAUUGCACUCUGGGCACCAGUGAUCUUGGUUUACUUCAUGGACACUCAAAUUUGGUAUGCUAUAUUCUCAACUUUGUGUGGCGGUGUUGUUGGGGCCUUCGAUCGUCUAGGGGAGAUACGAACUCUUGGCAUGCUAAGGUCACGGUUCCAGUCCCUACCUGGUGCUUUCAACACACAUUUGGUGCCUUCUGAUAAGACACAGAAAAGAGGAUUUUCAUUCUCAAAGCGUUUUACCGAGGUCACAGCAAGCAGAAGAAGUGAAGCUGCAAAAUUUGCUCAGUUAUGGAAUGAAGUAAUAUGUAGUUUCCGUGAAGAAGACCUCCUAAGUGACAGGGAGAUGGAUCUCUUGCUAGUGCCUUACUCAUCAGACCCUAGCCUGAAAAUAAUUCAAUGGCCGCCCUUUUUGCUUGCUAGCAAGAUCCCAAUAGCAUUGGAUAUGGCAGCUCAAUUUCGAUCCAGAGACUCUGACCUUUGGAGGCGUAUAUGUGCAGAUGAAUAUAUGAAAUGUGCUGUGAUUGAAUGCUACGAAUCUUUCAAACUUGUCCUGAAUGCUCUGGUUGUCGGAGAAAAUGAGAAAAGGAUAAUCGGGAUCAUUAUUAAAGAAAUUGAAAAUAACAUUUCCAAGAAUACAUUUCUUGUGAAUUUCCGGACAGGUUCCUUACCUACUCUUUGUAAGAAAAUUGUGGGGCUCGUUGAUAUUUUGAAAGAUGGCGAUCCGUCCAAGCGAGAUACUGUUGUGCUAUUGCUCCAAGAUAUGUUAGAAGUAGUUACUCGUGACAUGAUGGUGAAUGAGAUUCGGGAAUUGGCAGAACUUGGACAUGGUAGCAAGGAUUCUGUCCCUAGAAGGCAAAUUUUUGCUGGUACUGAUCCUAAACCUGCUAUAGUGUUCCCUCCAGUAGUUACAGCACAAUGGGAAGAGCAGAUAAGACGCCUCUAUCUCCUUCUGACGGUCAAAGAAUCUGCAAUUGAUGUGCCAACAAACCUCGAAGCACGUAGAAGAAUUGCAUUCUUUACAAAUUCAUUGUUCAUGGAUAUGCCACGUGCUCCUCGAGUUCGUAAAAUGCUAUCAUUCAGUGUCAUGACUCCAUAUUACAGUGAAGAGACUGUUUAUUCUAAAACUGACCUUGAGCUGGAGAAUGAAGAUGGGAUAUCAAUCAUAUAUUACCUGCAGAAAAUCUUCCCAGAUGAAUGGAACAACUUUAUGGAGCGACUCAAUUGUAAAAAAGAGGUUGAAAUUUGGGAAAAUGAAGAGAACAUUUUGCAGCUUCGUCAUUGGGUCUCCCUGAGAGGGCAGACCCUUUGCAGAACAGUUAGAGGGAUGAUGUAUUACCGAAGGGCUUUGAAGCUUCAAGCUUUUCUUGACUUGGCAAAUGAGAGAGAGAUACUAGAAGGAUACAAAGCUGUUACGGUUCCAUCAGAGGAAGAUAAGAAAAGUCAGAGGUCCUUGUAUGCUCAACUGGAGGCUGUUGCUGACAUGAAAUUCACAUAUGUUGCUACUUGUCAGAACUAUGGAAAUCAAAAACGGAGUGGAGAUCGCCGUGCAACGGACAUUCUCAACUUGAUGGUUAAUAAUCCAUCUCUCCGUGUAGCAUAUAUUGAUGAAGUUGAAGAAAGAGAAGGUGGAAAAGUACAGAAGGUAUAUUAUUCUGUAUUGGUUAAAGCUGUGGAUAAUCUGGAUCAGGAAAUCUACCGCAUAAAAUUGCCGGGUUCAGCAAAGGUAGGAGAAGGGAAGCCUGAAAAUCAGAACCAUGCUAUCAUUUUUACUCGAGGAGAAGCUCUUCAAACGAUUGACAUGAACCAGGACAAUUACUUGGAAGAAGCCUUUAAAAUGCGCAAUCUUCUGGAAGAAUUUAAUGAGGAUCAUGGAGUACGUCCACCUACAAUUUUAGGUGUUCGUGAGCAUAUCUUCACUGGAAGUGUCUCUUCUUUGGCUUGGUUUAUGUCAAAUCAAGAAACGAGCUUUGUGACUAUUGGCCAAAGAGUUCUUGCAAGACCUUUGAAGGUUCGAUUUCACUAUGGUCAUCCUGAUGUGUUCGAUAGAAUCUUCCACAUUACACGUGGUGGCAUCAGCAAGGCUUCUCGAGGCAUCAAUCUUAGUGAGGACAUCUUCGCAGGUUUCAACUCCACACUACGGCGUGGCAAUGUUACUCACCAUGAGUACAUCCAGGUUGGGAAGGGGCGUGAUGUCGGUCUAAAUCAAAUCUCACUAUUUGAGGCAAAAGUGGCCUGUGGUAAUGGGGAACAGACACUCAGCCGGGAUAUCUACAGAUUAGGCCAUCGUUUCGAUUUUUUCCGCAUGCUGUCAUGUUAUUUUACCACAGUUGGAUUUUAUGUCAGCUCAAUGAUGGUUGUCCUUACAGUAUAUGUUUUCCUGUAUGGAAAACUUUACCUGUCAUUGAGUGGAUUGGAGAAGGCAAUUGUGAAAUUUGCAAGGGCCAAGGGUGAUGAUCCUCUAAAAGCAGCCAUGGCUUCGCAGUCCCUUGUUCAAAUAGGUCUUCUGAUGGCUCUGCCCAUGGUUAUGGAGAUGGGACUAGAGAGAGGGUUCAGAACAGCUUUGGGUGACAUAAUUAUCAUGCAGCUUCAGCUAGCAGCUGUUUUCUUCACUUUCUCACUCGGGACAAAGUUGCAUUAUUUUGGACGCACAGUCCUGCAUGGUGGAGCCAAGUACAGAGCAACUGGACGUGGUUUUGUUGUAAAGCACGAGAAGUUUGCUGAUAACUACAGGAUGUAUUCAAGGAGUCAUUUUGUGAAAGGGCUGGAGCUGAUGAUAUUGCUUGUAGCUUACCAAAUUUAUGGGUCAACAGCCAAUGAUUCUACCACUUAUAUCCUACUCACUUGUUCAAUGUGGUUCCUAGUGGUUUCUUGGUUGUUUGGUCCUUUUCUUUUUAACCCAUCAGGAUUUGAAUGGCAGAAGAUAGUGGAUGAUUGGGAUGAUUGGUCCAAGUGGAUAAGCAGCAGGGGUGGUAUUGGUGUGCCAGCAAACAAGAGCUGGGAGUCCUGGUGGGAUGAGGAACAGGAGCACCUGCAGCACACUGGCUUUCUAGGACGGUUCUGGGAGAUUAUCCUUUCUCUGCGCUUCUUUCUCUAUCAGUAUGGAAUUGUGUAUCAUCUAAAUGUGGCCAAUGGCAAUCAGAGCAUUGUUGUCUAUGGUCUGUCUUGGCUGGUCAUUGUUGCUGUGAUGAUCAUCUUGAAGAUUGUGUCCAUGGGUAGAAAAAAGUUCAGUGCAGAUUUCCAGCUGAUGUUCAGACUUCUCAAACUGUUCCUGUUCAUUGGGUUCAUUGUUACUCUUGGAAUUCUGUUUGGCUUCCUGAGUCUCACAGUUGGAGAUAUCUUUGCGAGUCUAUUGGCCUUCAUGCCAACUGGAUGGGCUCUUCUGCAGAUAGCACAAGCAUGCAAGCCACUGGUGAAGGCCUUUGGAAUGUGGGGUUCCGCUAAAGCUCUAGCAAGAGGGUAUGAGUACAUGAUGGGACUGGCGAUAUUUACGCCAGUGGCUAUCCUGGCCUGGUUUCCAUUUGUGUCCGAGUUCCAGACCAGGCUGCUGUUCAACCAAGCCUUUAGCCGAGGGCUUCAGAUCCAACGAAUUCUGGCUGGCGGAAAGAAGCAUAAGUAAAUGCAACUAUACCCACUCCACCGCGGCAACGUUCAGAUAUCACAUAUUACGAAGUGCACAGAUGGGCAGAGCGUGAUCUCAGUUUCAGCUUUUGGAUGCAACUUCAUACCAUGCAGAAGAAAACAGUCUCUCUCUCUCUCUCUCUCUCUCUCUCUCUUGAUGGUCCAAGUCCCUCAUAACUGUCAAUAAAAUUCGUAUAAUCCAUGUAUUAUAUGCAAAGUGCAAUCGAUGUACCAUUUUCCCUUUGAUAUCAAUACUCAAUUCUUUCGGUCUAUGUUUUAUAUGCAAAGCGCUAUCAAUUUACCAUAUUUCUUUUGAUAUCA